AUGGCCGUCCGACUAGACCACACUCGAACGUACGGUACGUCGCGAUGCUCGGGCCUCAAAGAGCCAUUCCCUGACUCAGUUUGCCACGUCAAACGACAAGUUGCCACCUGCAUCCAUUGGUUUCCCGCGACUCUAACCCCCUGGCCACAGCCAAGCGCGGCGCGGAUUGCGGCGCGAUUGGCGCGAAAUGCGGCGCGACAAGCGUUACUGCUUCUGGCUGUGUGUCUGGCUGUGUGCCUGGCGUCGGCUGCCAACAUAAACUCUGACAGACGACACAUACUCAUUAACAAACCCAAGGUAGACGAGUUUGGGCCUCGAGAUAAGAGGUCGCCUUGGCCUUGGGCGAGGCCUGGAGGCGGGGUCAAAGGUUACAGGCCUGCUGAAGCGCCACCUAGCGAGCUGCAAAUGAAAGUGCGGAAGGGUGAAUAUGUCUGCGGCAAUAGGAUAUGCAAACUGCAGCCAGGAGUGGAGCCGGCUGGGUGUAACGGCAUCUGUCAGUACCCCGUCUGA